AUGCAUUCUGCAUUGUACAAAUUUCCUUUACUUCGUAACUUGAACUUGGGUCGCGUAAAAUUUCAAAUUUCCCAUUCACCGUCUGGUAAUAUACAACCUUUUGUUUGCCAAUCAACUCAGCCUACAUCUUUAAAUGAUAUAACAUUUGUGCCUGGACCAGAAAAGCCUAGUACAUGGUGGCCUCAUCAACCGUUAGUUCCUGGACGUCGUGUAGUAAAAUUAUAUCCUGUUCGUUUUCGAAACAAACUUCGUAUUGCACUAGUCAGAGAAGGAUGUUCCAAUAGACCUUUCUUUACCAUACAGAUUAAAUCUAAUCUGGCCGAAUCGAAAAAAAUUGGCAUUGAACAAGUUGGUUCAUGGGAUCCAUUACCGAAUAUUCAUGGAGAACAAUUGAUUGCAUUAAAUUUUGAACGUAUCUCCUACUGGAUAGGUAUGGGAGCUGAACCAACUGUUCGUGUGGCUGAAUUAUUAGGAUUAUGCGGAUUUUUACCAGUACAUCCAAGAUCUUAUUUAAUGGCUCAUAGAGCUCGUAUUGCAAUGGCGAAAUAUUUGGAGAGACUAAAACAAAAACAGAAUGAACAGGUUACUGAUGAUAUCACACUGAAAAGUGGUGAUGCAAACGAAGGUGAAAUAGUAGUGGAUAAUCAAAAAGAUGACACUAAAGAAGUGGAUGUUGAUUUACGUGUUGAUUCAAUAUGGCGUAGAGGAAAUGAACCACCGCACUGGUGCUACAUUUCAAAGUUCGUUGAUCCGGAAACAGCUAAACCAAUCUAA